AUGGUCACGGCGGAGGACAUGGAGGAGGUCAUGGGGGUCACGGCGGAGGACACGGGGGUCAUGGCGGAGGUCAUGGUGGAGGUCAUGGUGGAGGUCACGGCGGAGGUCAUGGAGGAGGACACGGGGGUCACGGCGGAGGUCAUGGCGGAGGUCACGGGGGUCAUGGCGGAGGUCAUGGCGGUGGUCAUGGUGGUGGUCAUGGAGGACAUGGUGGAGGACAUGGUGGAGGACAUGGGGGCGGACAUGGUGGAGGACAUGGGGGCGGACAUGGGGGCGGACAUGGAGGACAUGGAGGAGGACAUGGGGGACACGGCGGUGGCCAUGGACACCACGGCUAGAGUGUUUGCAAGCAGUAUUGAAAUUGAAAAAUUUUUAAUAUGA